AUGGACGCGAUCGAGCAGGCGAAACGUCUCGCAGCGUAUACUGCGGUGGAUAACCAUGUGUUGCCGGAACAUCGGGUCAUUGGAAUUGGAUCAGGUUCGACGGUACCAUACGUAGUCGAGAGAAUCGUGCAGCAGGGCCCGGCUGUGAAUAAGGGGAGGGUGUUCAUUCCGACUGGAUUUCAGUCAAAACAGCUCAUCGUCGAUGCUGGAUUAGGACUUGGAGAUGUGGAUCAGUACCCUACGAUCGAUGUUACACUUGAUGGGGCGGACGAAGUCGACCAUCAGUUGAACUGUGUUAAAGGAGGAGGAGCGUGUCAUUUGAGAGAAAAGGUGUUGGCGGAGGCUGCUACGACAUUCAUCCUUGUUGCGGACCAUCGAAAGAAUGUGGAGUAUCUUGGGACGAAUUUCACGCAAGGUGUGCCGAUCGAGGUUGUGCCGUUCGCGUAUGCAAAGGUGUUGCAGAAUUUGCAUCAUAUUUUGGGAUCGCCCAAGGCGACGCUGAGGAUGGCUGUUAAGAAGGCUGGCCCGGUUGUCUCGGAUAAUGGAAACUUUGUCAUUGACGCGCCGUUUGAGCGCGAUAUGAUGAUUGACCCGUAUACUAUUAUGGCACAGAUCAAGAUGCUUACGGGUGUGGUGGAGGUAGGGCUGUUCUGCAAGAUGGCGAAGGCUGCGUACUUUGGGAACGCCGACGGCUCGGUCACCGUCCGGUGGAAAGACGGCCAGGUGAACCAGAUAUUAGCUGAAGAAGCCCCCGGAAAUUAA